GCCAGCUGCGCGACGAUGCGCCGCUUGCGCGCCGCGAAGGGCGCCGGCUCCGGCGGCAGGGAUGCCGUCGUCGCCGCCGUCGGCGGGCGGUGUCGGUCCGGGGACAUUGCGCGUUGCGUCUUUCUCUUUCUCUUUCCCUCUCCCUAUCUCUCUUUUUUUACUUCCCGCCUCCUCGGAGACUUCUUCCCGAUCCCGGUCCCGGUCGCCUUGCUAAGUUUUUUUCUUUCUUUUUCUUUCACACCCCUCUCUGUAUUGCCAGGUGAGAGAAAUACGAGUUUCAGAAAAUUAACUUUAUUAAACUUUCAAAAACGGAGAGUUUCCGGCGUGGCGAGGUGACGCAACCCAAGCCAGCCAGAUAGUUACCCCGUUACCUCGUUCGAGAUUGCCGGGCUGUGCGGUAGACCCCACGUGCGUGCGUGCAUGCGGAGAUCAGCAUCGAGGAAUCGUAAAGGAGCGGAUCAGAGGGGCUGACAAUCGAUCAAUCACAAUGCGAUUGUGUCGCGAGAGGGCGUCUUGUCCUCGAUAGGAAGCUGGGGAGAGGGGAGGGGUUGUGCAGGCGGACGCGCGAAACGUCUAUCCGAGGUGUGGAGAGGAGGGAAACAACACCUUCACGGUCACGCGAACAUCGUUAAAUGUGGAAAAGCGAGAACUAGCUAAAAGGCAUGACGACGAGAAAAGAUUAUCAAGGGCACACACUAUCACAUAGUGCAUUUGCAUGUAAAUGAGCG